AUGGCUAACAAUUUUGAUGAUAUUGAUAAUAAUAUUUUUCUUAGUAAACUUGACAAUAUUCUCAGUUUUGUUUCCGUUUAUUCAAAUUAUGUGAUAUUUAUACAUAGUUUCUAUUAUUGGUGUAAUUCUGAACAUUUUCCAUUUGCUAGUGCUUUUUCUAUGAGACAACUGACAAUUAAUAUAUGUUUGAUAGGAAUUGCGAUUUGUGAUUUUUCUCAAAUGUUUUCAUUUCUUGUUAUUUUGACGCCUGAUUUUUAUAAAGCUUAUGGGCCAAAGACAAAUGUAUCUGAUGAUUGUUUACCACCUCAAUCAUACUUUGAGUACAAAAUAGAUGGCAUUUUUACAUCUGUUUCUAGUAUGUCGCAGAAGCUUGCAGUCUGGUUUGGUGUUAGUUUGGCGACUCUGAGAGCAGCUGUCAUCAUGUACCCUACAAACGCAAGCAUUCAAAAUUACACAACAUGGCAUCCGGAUUCUCCUCGCUGUAUUUUUUCUGAACAUUUGUUAUUUCAUCUAUGAAUUCACAGUUCCUUCAACAACGGUAUCGGAAGUCUAUGAAAUUCUUCCAGAAUGUGCAAAUUAUACCGACAAACUUACUUACGAAGCUUAUUUUACUAGUUUCGGCGAACUGAUCUACAGGAUUUCUCUUUUAAUUGAUGGAAUAGUUUUCAAAUUGACACCAUCAAUACUUCUCCCAUUUUUCACAAUAGUUCUACUCUAUGAAAUGAGAAAAAUGAGAAAAGUGGCAGCAGCUCAAUGUUUUCAAACUUCAAAAAGCAAAGACCGAUCAACAAAGCUUGUAACUUUUGUGACAAUCACAUUUUUAAUAUCUACCGCUCCACUGGGAAUAUUAUAUAUUGCAGAGUGUAUUGUUCUGGAAUCAUUUGCGUUAUUAAACUUCUUAGGCAAACUCAAGUCUAUAUUCGUCCUAAUAUCGAUAAUCAAUGGAACUUUACACUUUCUCAUUUGCUUUUUUAUGUCAUCUCAAUAUCGAACUGUUGUGAUAACCGCUAUUGGAUGGAAAUCUGAAAAUUCAAAUGUUGCUGUUAAUAAACCUGUUUGUGAUUUUCAACGAAUCAGUAAAAUGUAA